AUGGAGUUAAGUGUGCAAGAUGGUUGUGUAUUGUGGGGGUCACGCGUGGUGGUGCCCCCGCCAGGAGAUAAUGCAGCCGACCCACAGGACGUUCGCCUCUGUCCCCACGAUCUGUCUUCUAAAGACGAGCCUCCCACGCAGCCCAACCUGCGCACUUUCCCCUCUUCCAGUAUAGGGGGAAAGGACAGGAGGUUUUCUGCACACUGCUACCGGGACCGAAAUAAAAAGGAGCUUGCUUGGAGGAGGGUUAGCGAGGUGGUUGGUGUCUCGGUGGAAGUUUGCAAAAAGCGGUGGAAGAAUCUGAGGGACACAUAUGCUAAGGAGAGCAGGAAGGAGAAGGAGAAGGUGAAGAAGAGUGAUCCACACUCCCAGAUACACGAGGCCCCUGUAGAUCGUUACCUGCUCCAGAGAGGUGUGCUGAGCGGGGGGGGGAAGGAGGGCGUGGUGCAGGGGGCGGGGCCAGAGCUGCUCACCUCCACACGGGCAAGUCCACCGCGUUCAGUUGCUGAAGACAUUGAUGUCCAGCUCCUACUGUCAGACUGA